UAUAGAAUGUUCGCUUUAUUGGCUAUUUUAGAUGCAUUGGGCUGUUUGACGCUUGGCUUAGCACUUUAUUUCGGCUUUGGUAAUUCGGAUGGUGUCCAUUGGCAUUUAAUGCGCUGUGUCGGUGGUCAAUUUAUGACCGCAGCAUUUAUGUUUUUCUCAUUUCGAAAAUCUAAUUUGGAAACUUUAUCAGCGUACUAUUUGCUGCGAAUUUUGGUUUGUCAUUUAUUUCCAUUUAUUAGUGAGUAUUACGUAAGGUCAAAUAGGUACCCUUUCACCAGAGAGAGAUUUUUAAAAUAUUGGUGGUUCAUAUGGCUUGUAAUCAGUAUAACUCAACAAAUAAGGGUGAAUUGGGUUGUUGGACAUACAACAAAUGUAUUGACCGAUCUUGAAAACGUCUUGUAUCAGCUGGAUUCCAUAACAUCAAUAUCAAUCGGUGCCGCUUGGCUCGCUUUCCCGAAAUGGCUUCUAAAUCGUCAGGUGAAUGUGAUAUUGGACGAAUCGCACGAAUUUUGCGCUCGAAUAAUGGGUGCCUACUUUUUGACAUCACAUAUUAUUAGUACUCGAGCCUUAAAUUUCAAAAAAGAUACGGAUCGAGUUGUUGCGAUCGACUGCCGAACUAUUUUAUGCAUAACAGUUCUUAUUGCUCAAAUAUGGUCACAAUAUGCCUAUACGGAUGAUUGGAGUGGUGGGCAUUGGGUUGGCAUUUCGUUGUUCUCAACAUGGACAAUUAUUAGUUCUCUUUAUCGAAUUCAUGUGAUGCUCCAAAAUAGAAAAGCAAAGUGCGACUGA